GUCUAAUGGCCUCCUAAUUAAGGACUUCUAGUCCACAAUAAGUUUAUAAUCAGGAAUUGUCCCACAGGAAGAAAAGGAAAGGACAAACAGCACAGAGGAAAGUCACUUUUGCAUUGAGAACUGGCCAGCCUCGAGGAUGGAAGGCAGAAGACCUUUCCAACAUACGAAGAGCCAAAAGAGUACCUUUUAGUGUUUGUUUUGAUUCUAUUUGCCUGUAACCCGGCAACUGGACCCAGAUGCCAGGAGCCCAAAGAGAACACUGCUGGUGACUGGUGUAUGGAAAGAAAAAGAAUUACUUUUGUUUCCUUACUUUUAUGGUUCUUCUCAAGAUUAUUGGAGAGCUCUCUGGUAGAAAAGCAGGUGAAAUUCUUCACUCCUCCAAAGAGAAAAAGCAAGAGUAUAAACUAUUUGAGAGUAGAAGCCAGGUCUUCAACAUUGUUGUAUUUGUGGUAAGAACAGUUACAUCGGAGGUGAUUUCUGAUGCUCACUGAGGUAUGGAACUGAUGCUCCAAAAAGACAGAUGCCUGCACUCUAUGGGAAACACCUGUGCAAGACGUGAAGCAACAGUCUUUCAAUAUAUUGAGUUUCAUAUCGUCAGAAAGGUAUAAAGGAGCAUCAGAGCUUUCGUUCACACAACAGAUAAAGGUUCCUAAUGUGAGAGAGUAGACCCAGAUGAUGGAGGUGCUUCAGUGUGAUGGCUGUGACUUCAGAGCUCCGUCUUAUGAAGAUCUCAAGGCGCACAUCCAGGAUGUCCACACGGCAUUUCUGCAGCCGACGGACGUUGCUGAAGACAAUGUGAAUGAGUCACGAUCUGGGUCCAUAAAUGCCAGUAACCAGACAGAGGUGGAGUUUUCAUCUAUAAAGGAUGAAUUUGCGAUUGCAGAGGACUUAACAGGUCAAAAUGCAGCCGCCUUGGGGACUGGAAGUUACUAUGGCCAUAGUCCAGGAUAUUACAGUCAGCAUAUUGCCCCUAAUCCCAAACCAACAAACAAGUUUUUUCAAUGCAAGUUCUGUGUGCGCUACUUCAGGUCAAAAAACCUCCUCAUUGAACACACUAGAAAGGUCCACGGAGCUCAAGCUGAAGGGAGUUCAGCCGGACCCCCUGUUCCAGGAUCCUUAAAUUAUAAUAUCAUGAUGCAUGAGGGAUUUGGAAAGGUCUUCUCUUGCCAGUUUUGCACAUACAAGUCACCAAGGAGGGCAAGAAUAAUUAAGCAUCAGAAGAUGUAUCACAAAAACAAUUUGAAGGAGACCACUGCUCCCCCCCCUGCCCCUGCUCCAAUGCCAGACCCGGUGGUCCCACCCAUGUCCCUGCAGGACCCCUGCAAGGAACUGCCAGCGGAGGUCGUGGAGCGCAGCAUCUUAGAAUCCAUGGUCAAGCCGCUGACCAAGUCUCGAGGCAACUUCUGCUGUGAGUGGUGCAGCUAUCAGACCCCCCGCCGAGAACGCUGGUGUGACCACAUGAUGAAGAAGCACCGCAGCAUGGUCAAGAUCCUGUCCAGUCUCAGGCAGCAGCAAGAAGGGACGAGUGUGCCUGAGGCGCAGAACAAGAACGACCUCAGCCCCACUUCUAACUCCGCCUAUAUGUCCAUGAAUGCUGCCAGCCGGGAGUUACCCAACACUAACGUCUCCAGCUUCAGGGGCUCCAUCGGCAACUCCAUCAUGAGACCCAAUUCUUCUUCCACUUCCAAGUUUUCGCCCAUGUCUUACCCUCAGAUGAAGCCGAAGUCACCUCACAAUUCUGGCCUUGUGAACUUGGCAGAGAGAUCCCGGUACGGAAUGCCCGAGAUGACCAAUUCUGCUGCUGACCUGGAAACGAAUAGCAUGCUGAAUGAUUCCAGUUCCGAUGAAGAGUUAAAUGAGAUAGACAGUGAAAAUGGCUUGAAUGCUAUGGAUCACCCGACGGCAGGCAUGUCUGCAGAGCAGCUGAUGGGCUCAGAUGGCAACAAAUUAUUGGAGACCAAGGGGAUCCCGUUUAGAAGAUUCAUGAAUAGGUUCCAGUGCCCCUUUUGUCCUUUCCUCACCAUGCAUCGACGUAGUAUUUCCCGUCACAUAGAAAACAUCCACUUAUCUGGAAAGACAGCUGUCUACAAAUGUGAUGAAUGUCCGUUUACUUGCAAGAGCUCGUUAAAACUUGGGGCUCACAAACAGUGUCACACGGGUACCACGUCAGAUUGGGAUGCUGUGAAUUCGCAGAGUGAAGGCAUCUCCUCAGCCCCACCCCUGCACCCCUACAAGUGCACCAUGUGUAAUUACUCCACCACGACUCUGAAAGGGCUGCGAGUUCAUCAGCAGCACAAACACUCUUUCUGCGACAACUUGCCAAAAUUCGAGGGGCAGCCCUCAAGCCUGCCGUUGGACAGCGAGACAGACAGCCACCCCUCUUCCAGCAACACUGUGAAGAAAAGUCAGACCUCAAUUCUUGGGUUGUCCUCCAAGAACAAUUUUGUCGCCAAGGCCUCUAGGAAGCUCGCUAACGACUUUCCGCUCGACUUGUCGCCCGUGAAGAAGAGGACCAGGAUUGACGAGAUAGCAAGCAACCUGCAGAGCAAAAUUAACCAAACAAAACAGCAGGAGGAUGCGGUGAUCAACGUGGAGGAUGACGAGGAGGAAGAAGAGGACAAUGAAGUGGAGAUCGAGGUGGAGCUGGACAGGGAGGAAGAGCCGCCGGAGCCCGUCCUGGAGGUGCCCACGCCCUUCUCUGCCCAGCAGAUCUGGGCAAGAGAGGCCCCUGAGCCCCCAAAGGAGCCCAACUUCAGAACUGUCGCCCAUGAUUACAAUGCCACCAAUGGGGCUGAAAUAGAGCUCACCCUUUCUGAAGAUGAAGAGGAUUACUACGGCUCCUCCACCAACAUGAAAGAUCACCAGGUUUCCAAUACCACUCUGCUGAACACCCAGACUCCUAUCUACGCAACUGAGCACAAUAAUGAAAAUACCGACUUUAGUGACUCGGGAAGGCUUUAUUAUUGCAAACACUGUGACUUUAACAACAAAUCUGCCCGGAGCGUCAGCACCCACUACCAGCGCAUGCACCCAUACAUUAAGUUCAGCUUCAGGUACAUCUUGGACCCCAACGAUCACAGUGCAGUGUACCGGUGCCUGGAAUGCUACAUUGAUUACACCAACUUCGAAGACCUGCAGCAGCAUUACGGCGAACACCACCCAGAAGCCAUGAAUGUCCUCAACUUUGACCAUUCGGACCUGAUCUACCGGUGUCGGUUUUGUUCCUACACAAGCCCGAACGUCCGAAGCCUGAUGCCACAUUACCAAAGAAUGCAUCCCACCGUGAAGAUUAACAAUGCCAUGAUCUUUUCGAGCUACGUGGUGGAGCAGCAGGAGGGGCUAGGCACGGAAUCCCAGACGCUACGGGAGAUCCUGAAUUCAGCUCCGAAGAACAUGGCCACGUCCACUCCCGUGGCCCGUGGUGGCGGUAUGCCAGCUCCGUUCCCCAAAAACACUCCUUCCAAGACCUUUCCUCCAGAAUGUGAAAAUCAGAAGGACCCCUCGGUCAACACCGUGGUCGUGUACGACUGUGACGUUUGCUCCUUCGCGAGUCCGAACAUGCACUCUGUGUUGGUUCAUUAUCAGAAGAAACACCCGGAAGAAAAGGCUUCCUACUUUAGGAUCCAGAAAACCAUGCGAAUGGUGUCUGUGGACAGGGGCUCUGCCCUUUCUCAGUUAUCAUUUGAGGUGGGUGCUCCAAUGUCUCCCAAAAUGUCCACCAUGGGUUCCCCACCCCCCCCACAACCCCCGCCAGACCUCAGUGCUGACCUUUACUACUGCAAACACUGUUCCUACAGCAAUCGGUCAGUUGUGGGCGUCCUUGUCCACUACCAGAAAAGACACCCAGAAAUAAAGGUUACUGCCAAAUAUAUCAGACAGGCUCCUCCCACAGCUGCAAUGAUGAGAGGGCCGGAGGGGCCCCAUGGCUCCCCCCGGUCAUCCGCCCCUAUGCAACAGCUCAACCGGAGCAGCUCCGAGAGAGAUGGCCCUCCCGUGGAGAAUGAGAUGUUUUUUUGCCAGCACUGUGAUUAUGGGAACCGGACGGUCAAAGGUGUCCUCAUUCAUUAUCAGAAGAAGCACCGAGACUUCAAGGCCAACGCGGACGUGAUCCGGCAGCACACGGCCACCAUCCGAAGCCUCUGCGACCGCAACCAGAAGAAGCCUGCCAGCUGCGUGCUGCUCUCCCCCUCGGGUGUGGAGCGGGACAAAACAAAAUUGCGAGCGCUCAAGUGUAGGCAGUGCUCGUACACCUCCCCCUACUUUUAUGCCCUGAGGAAGCAUAUCAAGAAAGACCACCCAGCCCUGAAGGCCACGGUCACGUCCAUCAUGCGAUGGGCAUUUCUAGAUGGCUUGAUAGAAGCUGGCUACCACUGCGAGUGGUGCAUCUAUUCCCAUACAGAGCCAAGUGGUUUGCUCCUACAUUACCAAAGGAGGCACCCCGAGCAUUACGUGGAUUACACCUACAUGGCCACCAAGCUCUGGGCGGGGCCAGACCCGUCCCCUCCCUCUCUCACUAUGCCAGCUGAAGCCAAAACGUACAGAUGCAGAGACUGUGUUUUCGAAGCCCUCUCCAUCUGGGACAUCACCAAUCACUACCAAGCAUUCCACCCUUGGGCCAUGAACGGGGACGAGUCGGUGCUGCUGGAUAUCAUCAAGGAGAAAGAUGCCGUGGAGAAUCCCAUGCCUUCCUCUGAAGACCUGGUGGGCCCUGUGAGUUGUGAAAACAGUCUGCCCGGCCCGCUCCCUGAGCAGGAAGGCGAAUGCCCCGAGGAUGCCAGGCUUUCCCCUGAAAAGACCAUCCAGCUUGCCUCAGCUAACCCCGCCAUCUCCUCCACCCCAUACCAGUGUACCGUGUGUCAGUCUGAAUAUAACAACCUGCAUGGCCUCCUGACCCACUAUGGGAAGAAGCACCCAGGCAUGAAGGUGAAGGCUGCCGACUUUGCCCAGGACAUCGAUAUCAACCCCGGCGCUGUCUACAAAUGCAGGCACUGCCCUUAUAUCAACACCCGCAUCCACGGGGUCCUGACCCACUACCAGAAGCGACAUCCGUCCAUCAAGGUGACCGCAGAGGACUUCGUGCACGACGUGGAGCAGUCCACGGAUAUAGCCCAGAACGACGUAGAGGAAACGAGCAGGAUCUUCAAGCAAGGGUAUGGGGCCUACCGCUGCAAACUGUGUCCCUACACACACGGCACUUUGGAGAAGCUCAAGAUCCACUAUGAGAAGUACCACAACCAGCCGGAAUUCGAUGUCUUUUCCCAGUCGCCCCCGAAGCUGCCCAUGUCCCUCGAGCCGGAGAUAACCACUGAAGUGAGCCCCUCCCAGGUAUCGGUGACCGAGGACGAGGCGGGAGAGGAGCCCGUGUCCACGUCUCACUUCGCUACCUCGCACCUGGUGUCCCACACUGUGUUCCGGUGCCAGCUCUGCAAGUACUUCUGCUCCACGCGGAAGGGCAUCGCCCGGCACUACCGCAUCAAACACAACAACGUGCGCGCCCAGCCCGAGGGCAAGAACAACCUCUUCAAGUGCGCCCUCUGUGCCUACACCAACCCCAUCCGCAAAGGGCUGGCUGCCCACUACCAGAAGCGCCACGACAUCGACGCCUACUACACCCACUGCCUGGCGGCCUCCAGAACCAUCAGCGACAAGCCCAACAAGGUGAUCAUCCCGUCGCCGCCCAAGGAUGACUCCCCGCCACUCAGCGAAGAGCUGCGGCGCGCCGUGGAGAAGAAGAAGUGCUCUCUCUGCGCCUUCCAGUCCUUCAGCAAGAAGGGCAUCGUGUCCCAUUACAUGAAGCGCCACCCGGGGGUCUUCCCCAAGAAGCAGCACGCCAGCAAGCUAGGGGGCUACUUCACCGCGGUCUACGCUGACGAGCAUGAGAAGCCGCUGCUGAUGGAAGAUUCGGAAGAGAGAGGCGCCUUCGAGAAAGCCGAGAUGGAAGGAAACGAAGGGCAGGACAUCGAGUGGCUCCCGUUCCGCUGCAUCAAGUGCUUCAAGCUGUCCUUCAGCACGGCCGAGCUGCUGAGCAUGCACUACACCGACCACCAUAGCCGGGACCUCAAGAGGGACUUCGUCAUCCUGGGCGGCGGCCCCCGGCUGCAGGGCUCCGCCUACCAAUGCAAGCAUUGCGAGAGCAAACUGCAGAGCACCGCCGAGCUGACCUCGCACUUGAACAUUCACAAUGAGGAAUUCCAGAAGCGUGCCAAACGUCAGGAGAGGCGGAAACAGCUUUUGAGCAAGCAGAAAUAUGCAGAUGGUGCUUUUGCAGAUUUCAAACAAGAGAGGCCUUUUGGUCACUUAGAAGAGGUGCCAAAGAUCAAGGAGAGGAAGGUGGUGGGCUACAAGUGUAAAUUCUGUGUGGAAGUGCAUCCGACGCUCCGAGCCAUCUGCAACCACCUCCGCAAGCACGUCCAGUACGGCAGCGUCCCCUCCGUGUCCGCCGCCGUGAAGGGGCUGCGUUCUCAUGAGAGGAGCCAUCUGGCCCUGGCCAUGUUUACCCGCGAGGACAAGUACAGCUGCCAGUAUUGCUCCUUUGUUUCUGCUUUCAGGCACAAUUUGGAUCGCCAUAUGCAAACCCACCACGGACACCACAAACCAUUCCGAUGCAAACUCUGCUCCUUCAAAUCCUCCUACAACAGCCGGCUGAAGACACACAUCCUCAAAGCUCAUGCUGGUGAGCACGCCUACAAGUGUUCGUGGUGCUCCUUUUCCACCAUGACAAUCAGCCAGCUGAAGGAACACUCCCUCAAAGGCCACGGAAAAGCCCUGACCCUCCCCAGGCCGCGGAUUGUCAGCCUCCUCUCCUCACACGCCCACCACGCCUCCCAAAAAGCCAGCCCGGCCGAAGAAGUGGAAGAUUCCAAUGACUCAUCCUACUCUGAGCCUCCAGAUGUUCAGCAGCAGUUGAACCACUAUCAGUCCGCUGCUCUGGCGAGAAACAACAGCCGUGUGAGCCCUGUGCCUCUUUCUGGGGCCGCGGGGGGCGCUGAGCAGAAAACGGAAGCCAUUCUUCACUGCGAAUUCUGUGAAUUCUCCUCUGGCUAUAUCCAGAGCAUCAGGCGCCAUUACAGGGACAAGCACGGAGGGAAGAAGCUCUUCAAGUGCAAAGACUGCUCCUUUUACACAGGCUUUAAAUCUGCUUUUACUAUGCACGUGGAAGCCGGGCAUUCGGCGGUCCCCGAGGAGGGCCCCAAAGAUCUCCGCUGUCCUCUCUGCCUCUAUCACACCAAAUACAAACGCAACAUGAUCGACCACAUUGUGCUGCACCGAGAAGAGCGGGUUGUCCCCAUUGAAGUGUGCCGGUCCAAACUGUCCAAAUACUUGCAGGGAGUAGUUUUCCGCUGUGAUAAGUGUACCUUCACCUGCUCCAGUGACGAGAGCCUCCAGCAGCACAUAGAAAAGCACAAUGAACUGAAACCUUACAAGUGCCAGCUCUGCUACUAUGAGACCAAGCACACGGAGGAACUGGACAGCCACCUUCGGGACGAGCAUAAGGUAAGCCGAAACUUUGAGCUAGUUGGACGGGUUAACUUGGAUCAGCUGGAACAGAUGAAGGAGAAGAUGGAGAGUUCCAGCAGUGAUGAUGAAGACAAGGAAGAAGAAAUGAACAGCAAGGCUGAUGACAGAGAUCUCUUGAGGUUUUCUGACCGUGGGGCUGCUAUCAACACUGAGAAGCGUUUUCCGUGUGAAUUUUGCGGACGGGCGUUUUCCCAGGGCUCUGAGUGGGAAAGGCACGUGCUGAGACACGGCAUGGCAUUGAAUGACACCAAGCAGGUGAGCCGAGAAGAAAUCCACCUGAAGGGUAACGUGGAGGACAGUAUUAAGAUGCCCUCUAUAGAGGAAAAGGAAGAUGAUGAAGCAAUCGGGAUAGACUUUUCCCUAAAGAACGAACCAGUAGCCAUCUGUGUCGUAGCUGCUGACAAAUCUCUCCUGGAGAAUGCGGAGGCCAAAAAAGAAUAAGCGUUUGGUGAAAUUCUUAAUCACCCCUUACUUGAACCGCGAUGAAAAAGAAAAGUGGGAGGGCCAGCUUGGGCUGAGAAGGGGGGGACAGAAAAAAGAAGACAGAACAAAGCUGCUUUUUAGGACUGAACAAUCUAUUUUCAAAGCACUGGUACCUGUGUGAGUGAGUAUGUAAAUUAAAGUUAUUUAAAUGGUUGGAAUAUGUGGCUCCUUUUCCAUCACUACGUCUUUCCUUCCGGAUCUUCAUCGUGGAAGUUUCGUUUGUUGCGGAAGCAACGGAAGCACCUCCCUUGCACAUCUGUGCACUGUGGUGGUCUUGGACCGUAUGUGGAAAGAGAAGCUCCGUGACAGUAGAAGACUUCUCUUAGGGGAACAACUUUUUGACGCACAACUUUUGGUGCGUUUUUCUAGUUUUAAUACCUUAAGCUUUUUCAAGACCUAACUGCAGCCGCUUUGGGAAAAAACAAACAGAAAAAAAAAAAACAAAAAAACAAACAAACAAAAAAACAAAACAAAAAAAACUGCUUUGCAUAAAACAGUCACCUGUUUCCUAGUACCUCAAACUUAACCAAGGGAAUUCUCUGCAUUUGUCAGUACUACCUGUCGUCAUUGUGGUUAAAUGUAGAGAGAACUGCUGGGCAAGAUGGUGAAUGGAGAAAAAAAAAAAAGAGUUUUAAAGAAAGGAACACAAAUUGUGCUUAAAAUCCCCACGUGGGUUUUAUUUCUUAAAAUACUGUGAUUUUUUUAAUUAUUUUAGUAAAAAACAAGACAAAAAAAAAGAAACAGACUUUAAUUAUUAGAUAAAUGUUUGUGAAUUGUCAUCCUUUAUUCCAGGUAAGCUGUUUAUUAGUGUUCAACUAUAAUUUAGAAUUUGGUAGAUUUCAUGUGAGCUAAUUUUAAGGUGACUUUGGAGUUUUGUUUGCCACAUGUUUAUUUUCUAUCAGUUUGAGUGUUACAAACACAGCACAAUUCAGUUUUUCAUAUAAAUUGUUUUUUGUGUGUGUGUUGUUAUUGUUGUUUUGAUUUGGGGGCAAGGGAGAUUUAGUUUUUUGUGAAUAGGAAUGUUUUUAUUUUAAACAUGGAAAUAACAAAGAAGUUAACAUUUUUUUUAAUUUAACUAAAGAACCAAACUUUUCGGCACCUCUAUGCAGCUUGUGGGCCAGAUGAGGAAGUCCUCUUCACCCUUUUGUUGCUGUCAAAUUUACACAUUAUCCGUCUCACACAAAUAAUCUCUGUUAGGAUGGGCUGGCUUUUGUGUGUGAUUUCUAAAUCUGUGUUCUGAUUUUGUUUGCAUUGUGGGUUUUUUUUGGGGGGGGGGAUUCUCAUUUAUUUUUUGGGACAAAGGGAUGUGCUCAAAUCCCAUCCCUUUGGUGAGAGUGUUCAAGAAAUGCUUAUAUCCUACAAGGAGCCUGGAGAACUACUUUUUUUUUUUUUUAAUCUAGCUGCCAGCUGCUCUGUUUCCCCAUAUUAGCUUUUUCAGGAGGGAGCAGCUUAGACGAAAUCUAAGUCUACAUUUAUAAUGCGUUCUGAUUGUGAACAAAGGGUUUCGUUCCAAAAAAGUAGAACUUUCCUUGAAUCCUAGGUUUUAGAAGCCUGUGUGUGAGAGAGCUUGGAUGUGUGUGUGUGGAUGUGUGUGUGUGUGUGCGCGAGUCCUUUGGUUUUCAUGUUUUGUUUUUUUUUGUUUUGUUUUGUUUUGUUUUUUACUUGGAAGGGUUGGGGGAGGGGGGAGAAAGGGAAGGGAAUUGCUGAGAUGACAGUGUCCCACACAGCUUCAAAUAAAAUCCAUGGAAAGAUAUUGCAUUUGUGGAAUAAGUGCUUACUUGAAAAGCAUGUUCUUCUUUUAUUUUCUUGCUGUUAAGAAUUUUUAUUUGUGGGUGUUUGUUUUAAUUUAAGUUUUUUUUUAGGGAUGGGGGCCAUCAUGUGGAAACCAGAAUAUGGGGGAAAGUAUCUAGACAAAAGAUUCAUUUUGUGUCCAUAUUUGUUUUUAAUUGGCCUCAUUUCAAAUGUGCUAAACAGUUCCAUACCUGGAUUGGGUGUUUGUAAUGGUUACCAAAAAAGAAAAAGAAAAAAAAAGAAGAAAAAAGGAAAGAAAAAAGGAAAAAAAGAAAAUAAUUGUGACAUGCUUUUAUCACUACUUUAUUUUUCAAAUAACAUGUAAAUAUUGUAAUCCAUUGGAUUUUGUUUUGCUAACCUGUUAAUAAAAAUAUGGGACCAUUAUCCUUUUAACAAGGCUAGAAUGUCAUUUUUUUUUCUUUUUUCAAACAUAUACCUGAUAUUUUGUGGCCGCACAUUUUGGAUGCAUUAUUAUAAUUCUGUUGACUGUAAUGACAUAGAAUUUACAACUUUUUUUUGUUUAAUUUAUACAGAGGACAUUUUUUUUUUCAGAGCUUGAGAGAAGAAAAUAAAUAGGAAAAUGAUAACCUAUUGACUCCAAUAAUCAGUGUUUCCCAAAACUUGAUAAAAGAUAGGGAGAUCCUGAGUUCUUGAAGCCAAGGGUUUAAAAAAAACAACAGAAAACACACAAGUAGGUUAUUCAAGUUGUUUGCAACAUACAUUUUGUAAUGAAAUGUGAGAAAUUAAUAAAGAAUUUUUUUCACAUGUG